AGUUUCCCAUUCAAGCAAAGUCUUGAGCAUCACAUGAGAGUUCACUCUGGAGAGAAACCGUUCACUUGUGAUGACUGCGGGAAGAGCUUCUCACAAACAAUAACCCUUAAAAAUCACAUGAGGAUCCACACUGGAGAGAAACCGUUCACUUGUGAUGACUGCGGGAAGAGCUUCUCACAAACAAUAACCCUUAAAAAUCACAUGAAUAUCCACACAGGAGAGAAACCGUUCAUGUGUGACCAGUGUGAAAAAAGUUUCACACACAAACAAUAUCUUAAAAGUCACAUGAGGAUCCACACUGGAGAGAAACCGUUCACUUGUGAUGACUGCGGGAAGAGCUUCUCACAAAAAAUAACCCUUAAAAAUCACAUGAGGAUCCACACUGGAGAGAAGCCGUAUGCAUGCGAUCAGUGCGGGAAGAGCUUCACGCAAUCUGUAAACCUUAAAGAACACAUGAAAAUCCACACAGGUGUGAGAGAUUAUAUGUGCUUUGAGUGUGGGAAGACAUUUAUUUCAGCAUACAAAUUAAACCUGCACCAGAGGAUCCACACUGGAGAGAAACCUCACAAGUGUUCACACUGUGACAAGAGUUUCAGUCAGUCAUCAAAUCUGAAUGCACAUGAGAAGAUCCACAGCGGAGAGAAGCCACACACGUGUGAUCAGUGCGGGAAGAGUUUCACUUUUAAAAGUCAGCUGAAGAUACACACGAGGAUGCAUGCAGUGGAGAAACCAGAUCACCACAGUCUGACAUCACGGUCAGUAGUUCAUGUUCAUGUGCGGAGAAACAAGGUGUCUUCUGUGGAAGAGCUGUGA